AUGAAGGUUUCUCAGGUCUUGCAAGAGAAUUGGCAGAACGAGGUGGCUUCGUUUUCGUUUGAGUACUUUGUUCCGAAGACCCAGCAGAAUCUGUACGAUCGUAUGGACCGUAUGAAGGAAUGGCAGCCGCUCUUCGUCGACGUCACCUGGAACGCCGGCGGUGCAUCUCGGCAGAUGGUGACGAGCACGACGGAUAUGAUCACCAAGGCUUCCAAGGGUUUCGGUCUCGAGACGUGCAUGCAUCUGACUUGUACCGGAAUGUCGCAGGAAGACGUUGAUGCUGCUCUUUCAAAGGCGUUCAACGGCGGCUGCCGAUGCAUUCUUGCGCUGCGCGGCGAUGCUCCGGUCGAGAACGAGAAGUGGGAGGCUACUUCGAAUGGGUUCAUGUACGCUCGCGAUUUGGUGAAGUACAUUCGUCAGAAGUACGGCGACCAUUUCGAGAUUGGAGUUGCGGGAUACCCCGAAGGCCAUCCUGAGCAGCACGACCAGGAUGUUCUUAUCGAGCACUUGAAGGAGAAGCUCGACGCCGGUGCUUCGUUUGUGAUUACGCAGAUGUUUUACGACGUCGAUAAUUUCUUGCAGUGGGUCGACAAGUGCCGCGAAAAGGGAAUCACGCAGCCGAUUAUUCCUGGAAUCAUGCCAAUCACCAACUACGCGAGCUUCAUCCGUCGCGUGAAGUGGUGCGAGAUCAAUGUUCCGCCCGAGUUUAUGAGCGCGCUCGAGACUAUCAUGGAGAAGGGGCAUAUCUACCACUUGCACUUUUACACGAUGAACGUGGAGAAGUCGACUAGGGUCAUUCUCGACAAGCUUGAGCUUGUCAGAAAGUGA